UUGAAUUUCCUCACUAACGGCCGUUGGUCCGCGGCACCGGAAGUCCAGCGAUCUCCGAGCCCGGGAGGGGGACGGACGGCGGCGGCGGGUGAGCGGUGUUCCGGUGCGCAGGCCAAAAUGAAUACUUCCACACCAGUGUCCCGCAUGAGCCCUGCUGGCCCCAUUUUUGUUUCUCCCUCUACAAAGCGGCAGGCUAUUCCAAGCUUAAAGACCACUGUAAAAAUGGAUGUUGCAAGAAACGAUGACGAGCGUGAAAGGAGGGAGAGGAGACGCUCAAAGGUGACUGACUUGCAACUGAGUGGCAUAGACACCCCACUGGUAUCCCCAAUGCAAAGAGGGACCCCCCAAUCCUUUGAAGCUAAGUUAUCAAAUAAUCAGAUAUCUGAACAUUAUUCUACCUGCAUCAAACUGUGUUCAGAAAAUAAAAUUACCACCAAGAAUGCCUUUGGUCUUCACUUGAUUGAUUACAUGGCUGACCUCCUCAAAGAAAAGGAGUCUGAACUUACUAGUUUCAAGAUGGCAGCUGGCACAUUGGAUGCCAGUACUAAGAUCUAUGCUGUGAGAGUGGAUGCUGUUCAUACAGAUGUAUUCAGGAUCCUGGGGGGCCUAGGGAAGAAUCCUGAAGAGCCAGGUGCAGAGGUACAUCCUGGAUCUAAUGAAGCUGACAAUGAAAAGGGCUCUCAGAAACAACACAAAAAGAAGCAUUCAUACAAAACUAUUGAACAGAAUUUGAGCAACAUCACAUAUGGCUUGAAUGACAUAAAGUGUGAGGCUGACCCAAUGUUCCAGAAAGCUGCCUCUUUGUUUGAUGAAUGCAGCACAGUGGGGGUUUUCAUGGUUAAUCUCCAGACGUAUGGACACUCUGCUCAGCUGGUGUUUGAUUCAGAUGCUAAACUCAUUCAAACUGUCUCUGCACCAGAACUGCCACCCAUCGAUCAUGUGGAGAUAUCUGACCUUCAAGUCCUUCAGCAGUCUCUGGAGAACAAGACAAUUUGUCCUUCAUUUGAAGAUUUUCAGUUCACAAAUUGGGACAGUGAAGCACACAAUCAGGCUGUUACUUCAAUAUUAGAGAAAUUCAAGAAAAGUAAUCACUUAUUUGACGUGAAUGCAGAGCCAGAGUUUGCAGAUAAUCACCAGGACGUCCAUGACACCCCAAUGGAUGAUUUUGAUGGGGAUGUUUGUGACGAUGAUGGAGAUUUUAUGGGACAAGAUCAGCAAGAAGUAUCAAUGAUGAAUCAUGACCAAGGGAGUAAAGAAGUGAUUCCGCUCACAGAUGUGGAUUUUAACAGCCUAUGUGUCCAACUUUCAAACCAGCCAGGGGAAUAUUCCUAUUUUAGUCCCAGAAUAAUGAGGAUGUGGGCAGGGCCUAAUCACUGGCACUUCAAAGCUCGACACAUGGGAGAGGCAAUCCUUGAUAAAAACAGGAAAAAGCAACUAAAGAAAGUAUUUGAAAUUGACUUUGAAGAGGACAUUAAUUUUGAGAAUCAUUUCAGAGAGACCAGGGCUGCCACAACAAUCUCAAAAGCUACGUUAGACCGACAUAACGGACAGCUGACAACACUGCCUACAGAUUUCCAUUAUGAUCCAAACAACAUAACCUGUUUGUUCCUUAAACCUUCUAUCAAGAUAAAACGAACUGUGAAAGAAAGCAUCUCAGACCAAGAUGAAAAAAUUGGGGAAUAUGAUUAUAACAACCCCAAUGAUACUUCAAAUUUCUGCCCCAGAGCUCAGACGGAUAGCGAUGAUGAGCAUGAUGGAUUUGUUGGCGCAAAUGACUCCUUUGAGUUUGCAGAUAAUGUUGCGAUGGAGCAGGAAGGGAAUACCCUGGAGCAAGACAGAAAGUGGUCAAAUAUCACAACAUAUGGAGGAGAAAACUUAGUGGCAGAGCCACAGAAAGUCAACAAAAUUCUGUUGAAUUAUUCAAAAACGGCAAAAAUGAUGGAUGUGAAGAGAUUGAAGCAGAACAUGUGGGAACUCCUUACUGGAAAUGCAGCAGUCUCAGAACGAAAGGAUAGGGCGAUUGAUGAGUCAACGGUCAACGCAAUGACAGUGAAAGGACAACAAAGCUUAACAGCUAUUACCAAGGAUCUCUUUGAAAGGUUGCCAAGUACAUUGGCAAAGAAUUUGUCUGUACCGAUGGCAUUUGCGUGUUUGUUGCACUUGGCCAAUGAAAAGAAUCUCGAAAUCAAAGGGAAAGAGGAUUUGUCAGAUGUUUUUAUCAAACAAGGAAUCUGAAGCCAUUUUGUUUGUACAUAGCUGUAAACAUUUGAAGAGAUUGUAUAUAUUUGUAAAUGUUUACUUGUGAUAGUAAGCUUUGUGACAUGUAACCUUACCUCAUUUCCUGGUUAUGGUAAAUCUUGCACCGUGGAUUCCUUAUUGAGGCAUUGGGGAGAAGUCUGUCUUUAUCUGUCAAUACUUAAUACAUGCGAGAGUAUUGGUUGCCAUUUGCACACUUGGCUUCAUUGAUGUCAAAUGGAACGAAACGCGUGAAGCUGAGUGAGCAGCCAAUGUUUGCACAAAGGUUUAUAGGUAGUGGUCUAAAACAUUUUUUUUCUUAUUACUUUCACAGAAGUGGUGUAUUUAGAAAACCAAAUGAGAAUUUGCCAAUCUUGAAAUUACACUUUUGAUUUAUUUUAAAUGGCUAAACUCAUUGCUCCUUUGGCAGAAAAAUUUAUAAAUAAACUUUUUGUACCUAUGAUUUAUGACUGUCAUUUCAGGACAUUUUUAUCCUUUACUUUGAUCAUUAUUCAAUUUUGUUAAAAAAAAUUACAAAAACUGAGUUGUGUACCUUACUUAAUAAUGUCAAUUUAAAAUAUGAAAAUUCAAUUAAAACCUAUGGCUUGAGGUUACUGAACUUCCAGUUCUGUCUGCUUAUUUUAGGUGAGCCAGAAAAUCCCCCCCACAAUUUUGCAAGAGUAGGAAGCACUCUCUGGUACACUGACCAAUAUUUAUCCUGACCAAGUCCAUCAUCAUUUUCUGCCCGUUUCCAUUUCCAUAUGUACAAUACUUCAUCAGUCCUUCAUUACUUGGGAGCUUCCUGAUGUAAAAGAUGUGAUAUAAAUACCUAUUUGUUUGGGCACAUUCCUCUUGGCGGCAAUUCACAGGAAACCCACUUAUUCUUUCUCAACUGUACUCUAGAGAUAAGUUCCAAUUAAAGAUAUUUUCUGCUAGAGGUUUAACCUUUCAUUUCCCACAAAUAGCAGCAGCUACAUUAACAGAAUAGAAUGUUGACCAGAAGCUAGGCACAGUGACUGAACACAUGAGCUGUAUCCAAUCGGAACAUGGUUAUUUUGCCCAAGAGAUUUCAAGUGGAAGGAUUAAGACAGCCCUCCAAUUACCACUUUGAAAAGUUUAUUUCUAAAGAUAUUGAUCAACAUUAACACAGGGAUGGGAUUUGCAGAUUGCUUGUAAUGAUAAAUGCCACUCAUCAUGGCUCAACAUUCAACAUUUUAUUACAAGUUAUCAGUUGUACAAAUGCAGGCUUCAUCCAAUCUUUCUACAGUAGAAUUCAUCAGCUUUUUUGGUCUCUGGUGCAUUUACUUAGUGUACAGUGUGUAACACAUUUGGCACUGAUUCUAUAAUUUUAAUAUUUUGAUUGCUUUUGCUAGUCAGAAUUUUAUUUUCAAUAAUGUGGAAAUUCUUAUGGUCUUUUAAUUUGUGGCAAAUGUUAGUUACGCUGGCUUCUGAGAUGGAAAAUCCAUUACUCUCAACUGUCUAUGAUACUGAGACAUGGCACAGCUUUCUGUGGCUCUAAAUGUGCCUUUGUUGACAGUGCUUUUAUUUCCCAUCAGAAAUGAUGCAUUGAUUACAUUUUAUUUGUUGACUAAGCUCCCUUAAGUAACAUUGUUCCAACUCUCAAUGUGUAAAGUGGCUGGAAGGAUAACACAUGACUUGAGAAUGAUGUGCAGGAGCUAGGCUCGAUAAGCUUCUUCCCAUUUCUGCAGUUGCUCCUCCAGUAUCCAUUACUGGCUUAAUGCAGAGAGGGAACAACCAAGAACUGGCAGCAGGCAAUGCUAAACAUCCACCAGGGAGUGGUCUUGGUAAACUAAUAAAUAAUAAAAAAAAUGUAUGUGAGAUGAUUCUGUUAAAAACAAGUUCCAUUUAGUACAUCAGUUACUGAAGUCAGUUUACUGAAAUAACCUCAACUGUAUUUUUGCCAAGAUAGUUACUCCCAUUUGGACCCCUAAAACCCAAGGCUCGCUUUUCUUGCAGGGAUAAGGUUGCUGCACUUCAGUGCACUGCUUCUCAGUAAUGAAGCACCAGACUUUUCUGGAUUCACAUAAUCCAUAAGAUUAUGGAUAUCCAAAUUAAUUAAAACUGGGAUUGCUUAUAUUGGAAAACAAAUAUAACGUGACCAGCCACCAUAAUUCCAAUGUAAAAUUUAUUUCAUAUUUAACUGGUGAAACAAUUGAUUAAAAAGUUGCAUGAUUAAA